AUGAUGAUAGAUGACACCAAGAAGAAAGCAAGAAGAAUGGCCCAACACCCCGUGAUCUGCUUUACGAAUGAAGAUCUCAAAGGAAUGAAUCCACACCCUGACGACCUUGUGGUUGUUUCGGUCGUCGUCGCCAAUUUUUUGGCGCCGUACAACGUGCUCUUAGGACGACCAUUUCUCAAUGCUUUGGGAGCAGUAGUAUCCACCUCCCAGCUAUCCUUGAAGUUCCCGGUAUCUAACACCAGGGUCGGGGUCAUCCGCUCUGACCAAAAGGAAGCCCGGCAAUGUUACCACGAUAGCCUCGAAACUCGGAGUCCCAAGCCUGCCAAGGACGGAGGGAAGACUGAUGCCCCAGGCAGCAGCCAGACAACUGACGUCGACAGCCAGCAUCCGCGGCACCAUGUGCAUAUGGUCGAGCUAGACUCGCGGAUCGAGUUUUCAGACAGACGACCCCAACCCAAAGAGGAGCUCCACCCGGUGAGCCUAGUUCCUCGCCCGAAACAAGUCGUUCGUAUAGGUUCUACGUUGCUAAAUGAACUAAAUGAGAGGCUCAUUAGCCUACUCCUACAGAACGCCAAUCUCUUUGCCUGGACUCUCGCUAACAUGCCAGGGAUAGAUCCACUUGUGAUAUGCCACAAACUGGCACUGGAUCCAGAAGCCAGACUGGUCGCUCAGAGAAAAAAAAGAUUGGGAGAAGAAAGACAACGCGCGGUUGCUGAAGAAACGGCCAAACUCUUGAAAGUCGGAUGCAUUAGGGAGGUCCCAUACACAACAUGGCUCGCCAACGUGGUCAUGGUGAAAAAGUCCCCGGGAAAAUGGAGAAUGUGCGUCGACUUCACCAACCUAAAUAAAGAGUACCCGAAGGAGUCAUACCCAUUGCCUAACAUCGAUCGCCUUGUAGAUGCGACCUCCAGGUAUAGGUACUUAAGUUUCAUGGACGCCUAUUCUGGUUACAAUUAG